AUUCCUUUAAGGCACAACAGGUGGAAAUGCAGGGCUAAAGGAGUAUUUAAACCAGCCUGGCACUGCCAGAGCCCUCGUCCUGCUGGGACAGGGAGGCAGGACAGUCACACAAGGUCCCAGGGUCACCAGCAGACUAAGAGUGGUCAGCCCCAAAGAAAAAGCAAGAAGCACAAAAACCCUGCAGAAGGAACUUCAGGUGGAAUGCAAGAAAAAUGGCUUUGCUAGCACUCAUCUUCCUCCUUGCCCUCCUCCCAGCUGGAUCUGCAAAAAGCAGACACCUCCCCAAGGCAGCAAUCCUGAGCCCCGUGUUCGGGCCGCGGCAGGUGUACGGCGUGGUCGGCGGGUCGGCGACCGUGACGUGCUUCUACCCCCCCACCUCUGUGAACAGACACGACAGGAAAUACUGGUGCAGGCAGUCGGGCAGAAGCUGUGGGACUGUCACCUCCACCGGUGGCUACGUGUCCUCGAGCUUCAAGGGCAGGAUCUCCCUCACUGACUACCCAGAGGCAGAAAACUUCCAGGUCAACAUCUCCUCGCUUGCGUUGACGGACGCCGGCACUUACCUGUGUGGUGUUGGUGACAAUGGCAGAGGGCUCUCCUACAAAGUCACUCUGAGCGUUUCCCAAGAUCCACCUGUACCUGAGGUAGCUGAGCAAUUCUAUGUGAAGCUGCACAGCACCUGGACCGUGAUCUGCAGCUUCGGGUCGGAAUUUUCCACCUGGAGGAAAUACCUGUGCAAGAUGGAGGGAGAAGAUUGCCACGACAUCAUCGACAACCAGAACGGUGUCAUUGAUGAGGAUUUCAAAGGGCGAGUUCUGCUGAGCUACGAGCUGUCUGCAGACUCAGUCAACAUCAUGAUGACUCAGAUGGACUGGGAAGACUCGGGCUUGUACCGCUGUGGGGCCGGAGAAUAUGGGAAAAAUGGAAAAUCCAAGGAAAUGGAUGUGUUUAUCUAUGAGGACAAAAACUUCCGUCAGCUGAAGACCACGGUAACUGCAAAAACUGGAAGUUCAGCAACCUUCGAAUGCCUCUAUGAUCCUCUGAAGAAAUCCUCAACGAGGAUCUGGGCCAAGUGGGAAGCUAACAGAUACAACUGGAUCAUAGACAACACAGGCAAUGUGAGGCCACAGUAUAGGGGAAGAGUGGCCAUGUUUGAGAACCCAGAUAACAGGACAGUCACCAUCAUCCUGAACCAGCUGAGCGAGGCAGACAACGCCUAUUACUGGUGCAUAACAAAUGAAGCGAAGGACCAGCAAUCAUCAGCUGAGCUGAAGGUCAUAGAAGGAAAUCCUCAGCUGACAGGAGAGAAGGAAGUGGAGGCACAAGUGGGCUCACGGGUCGAUUUAAGUUGCACCUACACGUGCGCCUACUACUCCUACGAGAAGUACUGGUGCAAGUGGAGCCCCAGCGGCUGCUCCGUGUUGCCAGCUUCUGAUCUUGGCCAGUCGGGGCCACAGACAACCUGCAGCACUUCCAACAGGACAGUUAUCCUGAGCUUUGACUCGGUGGCGGAGGACGAUGAGGGGUGGUACUGGUGCGGGGUGAAGCAGAACGGCCUCUUCGGGGAGACCACGGCGGUGAAGCUGUCGGUGACCGCAGGAAAUGAUGCCAAGCAGAACCCAGAGCUCCUGGAUGUUGAUACCCCCAGCCACUCUGAGUUCCCCAACCAUGUUGAGCCUGGCCCUGGACCCCGAGGAGGAGCCUACAGUGAAUCUGGGGUGCGAAGUGGAGCUGCCCCAGCAAGCUCUGAUCAAGGCCAUGGCUCCAAUACUCUUCCUUUGGUGUUGGGCCCUGUUGCUGCCCUGCUCCUGAUCAUUGUGACAGCUUUUGCCAUCGUCAAAUACAGGCAGAUGAAGAGAUCUGACCUGGUGUCCAUUGGGAGCUACAGGACGAACAUCAGCAUGUCAGACUUUGAGAGUGUGAAGGAUUACACUGCCAGCAACAGCACCUGUGUGAAGGAGAGCCAGGAGACUGCCAUCGGAGGGGACGAGUUCAUCACCACCAAGGACACCCCAGAAAGUGCUGCUGAGGUGAAGAAGGCAAAAAGGAGCUCCAAGGAGGAUGCUGACCUCGCCUACUCCACCUUCCUCCUCACCUCGGGCAGCAUCGCUCAGGGUGGCUCCGGGGGGGACAGCACUGCCCUGGAAGUGUCCCCCUCCCAGGACCAGGUCUGAAGGUCAGGGACUGAGAGGAGGCAGCGACUGGGACUGGCUCUACCUUGAGGAUCACACCAAGCCAUCAGCAAGCACACACACUGUUCAUUGCUACCACGAUUUGCUACAGCUUGACCUUUUUUUUUUUUUUCUUUUGCUUAAAUUCAGCUUCGAGCGGUGAUUUAGGAGGAAUUAUUUGAUGUCAAAUAGGGCUGGGCUGGAAGUGCAGGGUCUGAGUGAGCAGGUUGGACUGGGAGACCAAGUGGCUCACCCCACCAACAGUUCCAACAGAGUGGGCUCUCACAGGGCAUUUUAAAAAAGUCCCAUUUUCUUUUAAAGGCAGCUGGAAAACCCUUUAGAACAGCAUCUGAUGCUUUUGAUUCCUCUAAGCUUUCUCAGCCUGAGGGCAGCACCUGCAGGCCAGACAUGGUCUGAAGUGUUUUCAUGCACAAGCAAUAAAGAAUAUCAGUGGCUUUCAGCAGACCAGGGAACUCGGUCCGUGGGAGAGCACAGGGAGAUCACACCCAGACAAAUACAGUAAGGGUGGGACAAGCUGAAUAUUCCACAGAUAAAGCAAUGUAGGAAGCAAUGAUGAAGAGGUGAUGAAGCAGAGAAGCAAUUUUCCCUGAACACCAGGAAUGGGAUAGGCUGGUGCCUUACCUG